CCUCCUCCCUCGACCCGCGGGUGGCCUCGGGGUCCUGCGACCCUGGUGCCUCCUGGCCCUCUCGCCACCCUCCCACCUUGCUUGUCCGCGUCGUUCUGGAAGUGGGAUGCAGGGGGCGUACGUGGCUACCGAAGCGGGAACUGUGAUCCGUGGGGGCCACGGCUGCGCGCUCCCCGCGGGCACCCACCCGCUCGCCGCCCCAAUCCCCGGGGCCGCAGUGACAUUCUGGGAUUACUCUGGGAUCACUUAAGUCAGAGCCCCUUCACCUUCGCAGGGGGAUCUGCAGAGUUGGUCAGCAGAGAGGGAGGGCUCCCCGCCACCUUCCCUGGGCACUAACAGCGGCGAACUUGUCGGCGGCCCUGGGCUCUCCAGAGGGGCUUGCGAGACGCUGUUCUGGUCGUUUCUGGCGCUGGAGCUGGAUUGAACAGGUGCGGUAUGGUUCCAGCCUAAUGCAGCGACAGACUUGUGCGUCUCCCCUGCCUCUCUCCCCAAGCCGGGUCAAUGUGAUGCUUCAACAUCUGGUGCGAGGGGUGGGCGCGUGGGGGGCAGUCGGGAGGGAGAGUGCCCGGGUUUGGUAUGCCAUGCCAAUACCAGGAAUCGCUCAAACAGAAGACAGCAAAUGCCUGUUCAUCUCUCACCUAUGCAGACAAGCAUGCUGUCAUUCUGAUCCCCCUGCCCUCUGGUCCCCGGUGCCCUUGGCUGGUAGAAAUCUGUUCUAGAGAAGUUAUUUGGAUAGGCUGAUGCAUUCUUGCACCUCAUCUGCUGAAGUCAGGGCUCAGAAUAUGGAAAUGCCAGUUACUCAGGUGCUUUGAAGGCAGAGGGUUGCAGACCCAAAAUACAAAAACUCCCUCACCCUUGGCUUAGUGACAUGCUUCGCCAGCUGGAGGUCAAUGACCCUCGAGGGAAGGACCUCAGAACGUGUUAACCGGGUUCAGGGAGAAGCUAUCCAGUAAUCAGAACUCCUGAGCUUCCGUUUGAGAGGGACCGCUGUCCCUCUGGUGGAGAGCGUCCCCCCAGAGACUUCUCCCUCAUUCUGAGAAGAGCGGAAGUGUUCUGCAGUUGUUGGGGUGGAGGAAAUCCAAAAGGCUGGUUCCUCGCAACUCCAGCGUGAUGAAGUAGAGCCCUGUUCCUGGCAGCUGUCCUCAGAGGGUUUCCCAGCUGACAGGAGACCCUGGAACAAACCUGUCCCAGGGGAAUCCCAGUCAGUGGAAUGUUGGGUACGCAUGGCGUGUGACCCUGAGCUGAGGGAAGCAGUGCGCUCUGUGUACAGUAAUGUGCCUGGAGACUUAGAAGAACUGAGGAGAAAGCUGGCAAGUCAGACUGAUGUGUUAAGACGUCUGACUGGAGAAGGAAAAGCGGCAAGCCCUGAAUGAUACAAUCGCUUAACAUUUUUGUCCAAAUUGCAGAGACUACAGAGGUUAGGAACCUGGGAAGGAAAAGAAUAUCAGCAAUGAAUAGAACACUCAUCACUAGCAACUACAGAUGACUUGCCAUUUUGUUUACAAAGAUGUCAUCUGCUACUGAAAGUGGAGACGCAGCCCCAGGAAAACAAAACGAAGAAAAAACCUAUAAGAAGACUGCAUCAUCUGCUAUUAAAGGUGCUAUCCAGUUGGGAAUAGGAUACACGGUGGGUAAUCUCACUUCCAAGCCAGACCGAGAUGUUCUCAUGCAAGACUUUUAUGUGGUGGAAAGUGUGUUUCUACCCAGCGAAGGGAGCAAUCUGACCCCGGCCCAUCAUUAUCCAGACUUCAGAUUUAAGACAUACGCUCCACUAGCCUUCCGAUACUUCAGAGAACUUUUCGGUAUCAAGCCUGAUGAUUACUUGUACUCCAUCUGCAGUGAGCCUCUAAUUGAGCUGUCUAACCCUGGGGCCAGUGGGUCCUUGUUCUUUGUGACCAGUGAUGACGAGUUUAUCAUCAAGACCGUUCAGCAUAAAGAAGCGGAGUUCCUUCAGAAGCUACUGCCAGGGUAUUACAUGAACUUAAACCAGAACCCAAGGACCCUUUUGCCCAAGUUCUACGGCCUGUACUGCAUGCAGUCGGGCGGUAUCAACAUCAGGAUCGUGGUGAUGAACAACGUCUUGCCACGCGCCAUGAGGAUGCACUACACCUACGACUUGAAAGGCUCCACCUACAAACGAAGGGCCUCCCGGAAGGAGAGAGAGAAGUCAAACCCCACGUUCAAGGACUUGGAUUUCCUACAGGACAUGCACGAGGGACUGUAUUUUGAUAUAGACACCUACAACGCGCUGAUGAAAACGCUCCAGAGAGACUGCCGGGUGCUGGAGAGCUUCAAGAUCAUGGACUAUAGCCUUCUGCUGGGAAUCCACAUCUUGGACCAUUCCCUCAGAGACAAAGAGGAGGAUGCCUCACAAAAUGUGCCUGAUGCUAAGCGGCCAGCGAUGCAGAAGGUCCUCUACUCAACAGCGAUGGAAUCCAUCCAGGGUUCAGGGAAAUCGGGAGAUGGGAUCAUCACGGAGAACCCAGACACGAUGGGAGGUAUCCCAGCUAAAAGCCAUAAAGGAGAAAAGCUGCUUUUGUUUAUGGGCAUCAUUGAUAUCCUACAGUCAUAUAGGUUAAUGAAGAAGCUGGAACAUUCCUGGAAAGCCCUUGUUUAUGAUGGGGACACUGUUUCAGUUCACAGACCAAGUUUUUAUGCAGACAGGUUUCUCAAGUUUAUGAAUUCCAGAGUUUUCAAGAAAAUUCAAGCCUUGAAGGCCUCACCUUCUAAGAAAAGGUGCAAUUCCAUUGCCGCUCUGAAGGCAACCUCACAGGAGAUAGUGUCUUCCAUCAGCCAGGAAUGGAAGGAUGAGAAGAGCGACUUGCUGACCGAAGGGCAGAGUUUCAGCAGCCUUGACGAAGAAGCGCUAGGAUCCCGACACCGCCCAGACCUGGUGCCCAGCACCCCAUCGCUGUUUGAAGCUGCUUCCUUGGCGACCACGAUUUCAUCCUCUUCCUUGUACGCCAACGAACAUUAUCCACAGGACAGGACUACGCUUUAUUCAAACAGCAAAGGGUUGCCUUCCAGUUCAACAUUUACCUUGGAGGAGGGGAACGUCUAUCUAACCUCUGAGACAGACACGCUGGAAACGCAGGAUGAUAAUGCCUCAGUGCUUGAUGUCUACUUGUAAGCAAACACGGUGACCACCUAAGCAGAUGGUGACAGGCGUACACAGCGUGGGAGAGAAGUGUCUCCACUCCAGAAUCCCCACAGGAACUGGGCCUAGCCCACCUCCCACAGGGUCCUACUCAGCUGGAGUGACAAGUUGUGAGAUGGCAGGGGAGCCGUGCCCCUGGGAUGGUCAGCCUAUGGGAUGUGUAGAGACCACACAACUUGCUGUUGUUUGCUGGACUGUGAAGAACUGCAUGAACUAUGUCUAUCUAAGCUGCUUUCUAUACCAUUGCCAAUUACCUUUUUUUGGACUUGGAAGUACUAUUUUCUUAUUGACUCUUGUGUUAUUUCAUUUUGCAUGUAGCCAGUGAUUAUACAUAAGCACCAUAGGUAAUCUGCUUAUUUUUUUUUAAACAGAUCCAUCCAUGCAAAAUGGUGAAUAAAGUGUAGAUUCUGUUUUUUUUUUUUUUUUGCCAAAUUAAAAUCAUAGCCCAUGUCAUUGAAAUCUUAAACUGGUUUCCUAUAAAGAUCAGUGUCAUAUUCUGCAUAUACUUUAUAGAAAGCUACCUUCUAUAAAGAUGUUUUCACUGUUUACUAGUGAAAUGAGCAAAACAAAGUUAUUUAUCAAAGGCCUUAUGUCCUGUACAUAUAUCGUCUUUGAAAUAUUUGUGAUUUAGUUUAUUGCCUGUAAAAGAGAAAUUAUAUAAUUUAUUCAGUAAAUACUACUGUAAACUAUAGUUUUAUUGAGAGAAAUAAAAUAUUUUAUUCUCAGUUGUGGUAGUACAUUGAUUC